GACUAAAAUCAUGCUUGUCUUGCUUUGAUUAGGGACAAAGCUUCUGGCUUUGUUGUGAUACAGAUCUGGCAGCAUGUUGUUCCCAAAUGGCAUUCAUCUUGUGGAGCUAUUUGCUGUGUGUAUUUUCUUCAGGGUUUCGACCAGGAGUGAAGGAUGGAUUUUGAGAAAGCUCUUUCCACAUCCAUUAAGUUGAUCCUGUGAUGUCUGCUCUUCCUCCUCUUGGUGUGGUGUAUCGCUUGUAUUGAUUUUUAUAUGUUGACCUGUAUGUGCUUAUCUAGAAUGAAGCCCACUUGGUUCAUGAUGUGUGAUCUGGAUGAUUCUGUUUCCUGAAAUAUUAUUUCUGUACCUGUGUUCCUCACAGAGACCAGCCUGGACUUUUCUCUUUAGUUGGGCUUUGCCUGCUUUUCUGUUAGUGCUAUGUCCCCGAGUUCCACAUGUUUUUUCAAAUUCUACUGGUGCUCAUUUUGAUUUGAUUUCUUAUAUUCCUGCAGAUGCCUUGAUGGCUACUUGGACCAAUGCAGUCCAAUGUGAUACGGUAUCUCCUGUGACUCUAGAGCUGGCCCAGUGUGCUACGGUGUCUCCUGUGACUCCAGAGCUGGCCCAGUGUGCUAUGGUGUCUCCUGUGACUCCAGAGAUGGCCCAUUGUGAUAUGGUGUCUCCUGUGACUCCAGAGCUGGCCCAGUGUGCUACGGUGUCUCCUGUGACUCCAGAGCUGGCUCAGUGUGAUACGGUGUCUCCUGUGACUCCAGAGCUGGCUCAGUGUGAUACGGUGUCUCUUGUGACUACAGAGUUGGAUCAGAGACAUGAAGUUUCCCUGAGCUGGAAGACACCUUAUGGAGUUGGAGCUGGUCUCCGGAAUUUGGGAAACACUUGCUAUGUGAAUGCAACCCUGCAGUGCCUGACAUACACACCACCUCUGGCCAACCAUAUGCUGGCCCUGGGGCUCAGGUUAUCCUGUCCUGGUAAGAGAAUCUGCAUGUGGUGUGCUAUACGGUGUCACAUCACUCAGGCUCUCCGUCAUCCAGGACGUGUAAUUCAGCCUUCACGUGCAUUGCUUGCCGACUUCCACAGAGAGAAUCAGGAAGAUGCACAUGAGUUUCUCAUGUUCAUUGUGGAUGCCAUGCAGAAGGUCGAUCUUCACUCUGAAAACAGGAGUCUAGUGCGUGAAAUCUUUGGUGGCUACUGGAGAUCACAAAUCAAGUGUCUUCAGUGUGGAAGCACUUCUGACACAUUUGAUCCUUAUCUGGACAUUCCUCUGGAUAUCAAGUCCACUCGGAGUGUGAAGCAAGCUUUGGCACGAUCCGUACAGCCUGAGGAACUCAGUGGGGAAAAUGCCUAUCAUUGUAGCAUUUGUCUCCAAAAGAUGCCUGCCUCCAAGACACUGACUUUACACACUGCCUCCAAAGUCCUCAUCAUCCUGUUAAAACGUUUCUCAGAUGUCACAGGGAAGAAGAUUGCCAAGCAUGUUCAAUAUUCUGAGUGUCUUGACAUGCAGCCAUAUAUGUCUGAGCAGAACAACAAACCACUCCUGUACACCCUGUAUGCUGUGCUGGUCCACGCUGGCUUCACUUCUCACAGUGGACAUUACUUUUCUUACGUCAGAGCUGGGGAUGGCCACUGGUACAAGAUGAAUGAUAACAAAGUAACUGCCUGUGACAGAACUUCUGCCCUGAUUCAAGAUGCCUAUGUCCUCUUUUAUGUCCAGAGGUCUAACCUGGAAACAGACAGCAGUGGUAUGUCAGCAGACACGAAAGCAAAAACUCUUGAAUCUGAGGACAAGGGCUUGAGUGCAAACCUAAGAGAUCUUCAAAUAGAUUCCCACAGAGAGCACAUCAAUUUAGAGAAGACACACAUUGAAGGCAGCACUUUAGAUGAGUGGAAAUUCCUCCAAGAACAACAACAACCAAAGACUAAGUUGAAUCUCCGGAAAGUAGAACGUAAUCUUCCAACCAAUGUAGUCAUGACCCACCGAUCAAAGAACACAGGUAAACUGAAGAAGACUCAUCCAGAACAAGAAAAUUUCUGUCCCACCAAUUUGGCCAGAAACAUUACAGGUCGAGAGUCCACCAACACAGACCAAGUACCACAUGUAAGAGGAAGUGCCAGGGCUACAAAGAAGAAAAAGAAUGCACAGGGCAAGAGACCUGUGCUCAUGGUUUAGUUACUGCACAUCACUAUCGGACCACGUGCGGGUGACUGAUGUAAUCCGGAUUUGAAAUUGGUAGCACAAUUAGUGAAAAUGUUAUUUUAGUUAUCCCACUCCUAGAUUUAUUUUCACAUUAACUAGAGUGUUGCUCACAGUGCUCAAAGCUGCUUUUCUACUGAGUUGAGUGUGUUGGGAUCUCUAGAGAGUAUAUCCAAGGAGUAAAGAGGAAAUGCAAUGAAAUCUGCGUAGGAAUUGUCCCAGAAAAACUAAUUUUCCUUGGCAAAGUGAAUGAUAUUGAGCAGGGCCUAUUGACAGGGGAAGUUUUGGCAAUAACUAUUUAUAUAAAAUUCAAGGCGAAGGCAGGAGGUUUUUAUGGACAAUUAUGCAAGUAUUCUACAAGAGAAAAUCAUGUCAUUUUCAACAAAUUUACAUGAGUCUUUGUGACGUUGUAUAAAAUGAAUAUAUGUUGAACAGCAGAGGAUACCAAAUUUCCAGGGAUGUGUAGAUCAAAUUGUUAGGGAUGCUAGAUUCUGCAAACAACCUCAUAAACUUGAUGCCAAGUAAAUGAAAUUGCCAACCUGGCUGGCUGAAAUAGCCUCUGAAGCAGGAAAUCAUUAUGUAGUGUAGUAGGUUACAACAGGGUUCAUGUAACCUUUUCACUAUGAAAUGUGUAAUAAUAAAACUUUCGUUGACAAUA